GUUUAUAGGUAAUCUAUAUGGGCAGCGUACAGGGAGCGGAAGCGUGUCGCUGAACCUUCCAAGUACAUUCUCUCGGCCUUGCGAAGACUCGGCCAUAGUAGUCAUAGGCCGUAUGCGCAGCCAUUCGUCCUACGAAUAUCCGUUGAGUGUUAUGGCAAGCACCCACGGUCUCUUCGGAUGCAGUCUGAAGGACCAUUCUUCAAGGCCAGGGAAUGUCCGUCCACAACGCAAGCUCCCAAUGGUGCGCACGACCCGCAUUUAUGACCUACAAAGGGCAAGUAAUGUGGUGUGUGCUGGGCUUCGUAUUUUGCUUCCGUGUCGAGUUCUGUGGCAAUCGUCCUCAAUCGGGCAAAGUGAUCGGAGGUUGGAUUCCCAGGUUAUGGACGAAACUCCAGCGAUUCAGGAUAUGCAGAGUGCCGUAGCAAUUCUGGGUCUUCCUCCGUCUACUCAGUUGAUACGGUUGGGUCAUACGUGAGGUAGAGCCGUAGAGGAACCGUGCUGACAGGGACUGGGGCAACGUACGCUUGGAUGUGACCAUUUGCACUCCUUGACUAUCAUAAUUGACAGGUUGUU